AUGGAUUGGUGGAAUGCCAUUGUCGCACAGCCCAUCCUGGCCCUUGGGGUGCUUGGAGUGACCUAUGGGGUGUGGUUGGCAACAUAUCGGCUAUGGUUUUCACCACUCGCCCAUUUUCCCGGACCAAAAUUGGCCGCUCUGACAAUGUGGUAUGAGUUCUAUUACGAUUCAUUCCUCGGGGGCCAGUACACUUUUCGAAUCGCUGAGAUGCAUCGCAAAUACGGCCCGAUUGUGAGAAUCAGUCCCUUUGAACUUCAUAUCGACGACCCAGAGUACUAUGAAAUCUUAUACUCUCGAGACAAACCGAGAAACAAAUCCUUACAUUUGACUGGCAUGUUUGGGGCACCGGCCUCAGCUUUCGGCUCAGUCGAUCACCGCCACCAUCGGAUACGUCGGCAACCCAUGAACCCAUUCUUUUCUCAGCAGCGAAUUCGACAAUUGGAGCCCAUGCUCCGGAAAAUGAUAGAUAAGCUGCGCAAAGGAAUGCGAAACUGGAAGGAGAGACGGACACCGCUACAUGUUUAUCAUGCAUUUAAUGCCUACACGACAGACGUGGUCGUGGAGUAUUCCAUGGGUGAAUCGUUUCAUUAUUUAGACGACCCUGAUUUUACACCACAGUGGUCAAAGACAAUCGAGGCAAUUGUGGAAGUCGGAGUUCAAUUCAAACAGUUUCGCUGGGUAUUCAGCUUGUUUGAGCUUCUUCCACGGUGGCUAGUUGUAAGUAUCAACCCUCACAUCGGCCCGGUAAUUGAUCAGAAACUGGAAAGUCUGCGACUCGCGGAAUCGAUCAUUGCUAGCCAGACCGCCGGUGCAAACUUGGCAGAUGAUAAGGUUAGUGUACCGAAAGGCACAUUGUUUCAUGCGUUGCUAGACAGCAAGCUUCCCCCAGAGGAGAAGGCGCCUGGCCGCCUGAGUCAAGAGGUUUUCACCGUCAUCUCCGCCGGAGGGGAAACAACUGCCAAGAACCUGACAACACUCACCUUCCAUCUACUUAACAACCCAGACAAGCUACAAAGGCUACGGGACGAGCUCAACCGACUCGACCCCAAUGGAACCGCAACUUUGGUGGAAUACGAGGCAAUGCCGUACCUUACGUCUGUUAUGCUGGAGGGCCUAAGAAUCACCAAUGCCGUGGCAACAAGGCUUCAGCGCAGCUCUCCAGAUCAAGUUAUGACUUACAAGGACUGGAUCAUCCCUCCCGGGACACCUGUGGGGAUGACCAGCAUAUUUAUGCACCAUAAUGAAGAUAUCUUCCCAAACUCUCAAAGCUUCAUCCCAGAGCGAUGGAUGGACCCAGAGCAGAGGAAAAGCCUCGAGAAGUAUCUGGUUGCUUUUAGCAAGGGAUCCAGACAGUGUAUUGGAAUUCCCCUCGCGCGGGCGGAGAUUCUUCUAGCAAUCGCCACCAUUUCCCGGGAAUUUGAGAUGGAGCUCUACGAGACUACAGUAGAUGACGUUCGAAUCGUACGAGACAUGUUCAAUGGUCACCCGCGAAAAGGAAGUCAGGGAGUUCGCGUUGUGAUAAAGGAGUGGAAUGGACACACUGGGCAGAGGGCAAACUCCCUAUGA